AUCCAGGAAGAGGAGGAGAGGGGUAAAGAGGGAGGAGGGAAGCCAAGCCAGGAGGAGGUGAAGGAUGAUGCUGCGGUUCCUGCGGAGGACCUUUGGCCGGCGGUCGAUGCAACGGCACGGAGGGAGAGCUGCGGCUGCGGGUCGUGGCCCCGGAUUCCGGGGUAGAGAUGAAAGAGAUGGUGGAGCUGGGGGGAUGAGGGCUUUGGGGGCUGCUGCUGCCUCUCCCGGUGGGGCGCUCUACCCGCACCCGACCUUGCUGCCUCCCCCAGUGGUCAGUGGAGGAGCCGCAGUGCACAUACCGGCAGCGGGGGACAGCAAGUCGGUGCUGACCUGCCGGGUGCUUCUCCUGGACGGGACGGAUGUCUCUGUAGACCUCCCGAAACAUGCCAAGGGCCAGGAUUUGUUCGACCAGAUUGUAUACCAUUUGGAUUUGAUAGAAACCGAUUAUUUUGGCCUACAAUUCACGGAUGCUGCCCAAGUGUCGCACUGGCUGGACCAAACAAAACCUAUUAAGAAACAAAUAAAAAUUGGACCUCCUUAUACUUUGCACUUUCGAAUUAAAUAUUAUUCUUCAGAACCGAACAAUCUCCACGAAGAGUUUACAAGGUACCUUUUUGUAUUACAGCUUAGACAAGAUAUUCUAUCUGGAAAAUUGAAAUGUCCUUAUGAGACUUCAGUAGAAUUGGCAGCUUUGUGCCUACAAGCGGAGCUUGGUGAAUGUGAGCACCCGGAGCACUCCCCGGAGCUGGUGUCUGAGUUCCGUUUCAUUCCAAACCAAACCGAAGCGAUGGAACUGGAUGUCUUUCGCAAGUGGACGGAAUGCAGGGGGAAGACACCAGCACAGGCAGAACUCUGCUACCUGAAUAAAGCAAAGUGGCUGGAAAUGUACGGCGUAGAUAUGCAUAUAGUAAAGGGGAAGGAUGGCUGUGACUAUGCACUUGGACUAACACCUACAGGGAUUUUAAUAUUUGAAGGCACAAACAAAAUAGGUUUAUUCUUCUGGCCUAAAAUUACCAAAAUGGAUUUCAAGAAAAGCAAAUUAACCCUUGUUGUUGUGGAAGAUGAUGACCAGGGUAGAGAACAGGUGCAUACCUUUGUUUUCCGCUUGGAUAACUCUAGAGCAUGUAAACAUUUGUGGAAAUGUGCGGUGGAGCAUCAUGCUUUCUUCAGACUUCGAACGCCGGUCAAUAAUAAAGCCAACCGAUCUGACUUCAUGAGACUGGGAUCACGAUUCAGAUUCAGUGGUCGUACCGAAUACCAAGCAACCCAUGCUGGAAGACUAAGAAGGACUAGCACAUUUGAAAGGCGACCGAGCAAACGAUAUCCAUCAAGAAGACACUCAACAUUCAAAGCAAACCCCAUGAAGGCUCCUCAACUCUGUUCAAAAAAUAAUCCCGACAUCCAGAACUACCAGCCGCAAUACCAUACAAAUAUACAACUAACUCAGCAGCACUGGCACCCCCAAACAUCUCCAAAUAUAAGGCAAUCUCCUCGUGAUGACAGACCAUAUUGGAUUCCAGUCCCCGGUGGAGAUGGCAGGAAUAUACGAUACAUCCAAGAUCAGAACCAGAAGAAUUUAGGAGACAUUCCAACCAUUAUCUAUCAAGAUAAACUCAUGACAACACUCUGAGAAUCACAGACGAAUGUCAGCUAUCAUUCUAGAGAUCCAUUGCAUUCCAUGAACUCAUCUGUCUGUCUACCAUCUGAAAUGAGUAUUGUUCGAAGUGCUUGCUAGUUUAGCACAGAGUUCACACUGUAAAGACUUGUUCUCUCCAGACCAAAGUAGGCCUCAAUGCAUUCUGUAGAUUGAAACUUAUAAUGCAUUCAACCAACAUUUACUGACGUUUGAAACCGAAAUAAGUCAUGCGUUGUUAAACAAAAUUAAAUACAACUAUGUUUUAGCUACUCCAAAGACCAUUUGGAUAUGUUGUCAUUGGCAUCUCCAUGACAUAGUUGGAACAGUGGUAGGGUUUGGGUUUUAGGCCUGUUGAUUCCUAGGCCUAAAACUUUUCCUUGUUGAUGUUUCGUUGGGGCCAACAAGGUGUGUAUUGUGUCCUUCAGUCAAAAUGUUAUCAGAUCCUGUUUUAGAAGAAAAUCUAAUUUCUAUAUUUUCAGAACUAUCAAUCAUAUUUAGCGAUCAAACGUUCCUUUUCUUCAAUAUCGCAAUUUGCCUUACUGUUUUGUUUAAAUAAUUACCAAAAAGGCCUUUAAUAGAGUUAAGUUUUAUAUAGCUGUUCAAGCUUGUGAAAUUUCUUUAUUGUGGGUGUUUUUUUUUUGUUUUGUUUUUUCCUGAAAUUUAGUAGAAUGUUUUCUGUCCUUUUGUGUGUUUUGGUCAGUCUGCUCUCCAAAAUGUGAUUGCACUUAAAGAUAUAUUCUUCCCAUUAUAGUUACUAUGUAUUUU